AUGACAGAUCAGGCAGCCCGUCCAACAGGCAGCACUGGGAUAAUCACAGAUGAAGUUAUCUCAUCUAAUCUAGACUGUAUUUGUAUGCUGUGUGGUGCAGUGGUAGAGUUCUCAUCUAGUAAUCUUGUUGACUUGCGUUCAAUUCUGCUUGCUGCCAGUGGAUGCAACCAUGACCCGUACCGGCCACCACCCAACAGAUAUUAUGAUGCCCGACGCCAGCCCGACAACUAUGGGAGUCCUGGGCGGAACAACCACCACAGACAAGGGAGUUACGACCGAAUAUAUGGGGGUAGCCCAAGAAACCAUCAUCAGUUCCACCACCAGUACCCACAUAGAGGGAUGCCCAAGGACCAUAAAGACAUGCGCAUGAAUGGCCCUAGACACAUGGGAAAUGCAGGGCCAGGCCAGGUGGGCAUGCAGGAGGUGGAGAGUCCAGAUUACAGACCAAGCCCAGAGGUGUUGGCUGAACUUCAGGAACAGUUUUUAUUCCCCUUGAAAAAGAAAUCGAUCAGAUUUCCAAAGGCCAAAUACUUCUGCAGAUUAUGUGAUUACCACUGUGAUUCUUUGAUUGUGUGCAGGAGACAUAUUGCAGAUGCAAGGCACAGGAAACUCAAAGAGGCUAAAGACGUGGAGACUACUCUGAAGAAUGUGCCAUCUCCAAUUGAAGCACAGGUUGCUGCUGUGGAAAGUUGAUCUUGGAGAUAGUAGAAGAGGUGAAAGUUACCCCAGAUAUGAUGCGCACCAGAAAAGAGGUCGUGAAGGAACUUAAUAAAUUGCUCGCGGCCAAAGUGGAAGGGUGCAGAUUAGAGAUGGUGGGAUCAUCUGUG